UAAAUAUAAAAAAUUAAAGUAAGAGCAUAAAAAUCAAUACUGCAAAUAUAAUCCUUGUGUAAACAAUAAUGAUGAGCUGCUUGCUUGACUGAAUAAUAACAAAACAACAACUAAAAUUCUUUGGUAAAAAGCAGAGCAAAGCUAAAUUAAGACAUGAAACUCUCACGAGUGUGUAGCUACUUGCAGCAGCCACUGUUGCUGCUGCUGUUGCUGUUGUUGCAACCUGGCUGCAUUAGCAGCCAGAACAGCAGCCUGCGCGUGAAUACAUACCUCAAGGAUGUGAAUGUGAAUGCGACGGCCGUGGCGCUGCCUUCCAUACAAAGUGCGGGCAAUAUAUGCACACGCGAGGAGCCGUACGUGGAGGUAGUGCAGGUGCCGGAGGUGCAGCCGGUGCGGGUGCGCACGUCCACCUGGUGCUUGGAGAUACCGCCGCGCUGCUCCUCAUACAAGACGGAAAUGCGCGAGGUGAUGAAGGUGCAGAGAGUCAACAAAACGCGCACAGUUCGCUUUUGCUGUCAAGGCUAUGAGGGCAAUCUGUCGGAUAGCCACGCCAGCUGCCGGCCCAUUUGUCGCGGCGGCUGUGGGCGUGGCAAUUGCCUAAUGCCCGAUACCUGCAGCUGCGAGGAGGGCUACACCGGCAAACACUGCACCCAGCGCUGCGAUCACGAUCGCUGGGGACUGGACUGCAAGAAUCAAUGCCAAUGUCAAAAUGAUGCGGUUUGCGACAAUAAGGCAGGCGGUUGCCAUUGCAUUGCCGGCUGGGCGGGUAAAUUCUGCGAGCGGCCGUGUCCAGUGGGCACACAUGGCGUCAUGUGCCGCAAGAGGUGCGAGUGUCCAGGGAAACGCUGUCAUCCACAGACCGGCGAUUGCGCGGCAGAGGAAAGCGCUGGAGCCGUCAAUGUGAGUCACGUUGUGCUGGAGACCAUCAACUCGACCAUGGCAAAUCUGACGCACAAUAUCAACAAGAUUGCCAAUCGCAUUGGCAGCAUGUCCGAGGUCAACCACAUCCAGGCGACGCCCAGUGCCCUGCCAGAGGUCAUACUGAUCAAACAGCCCUUACAGGAGGCCGCGCACACGCCCAAGAUCAUAUUGCACGAAUCGAGCAAUGCGUUGCUGGAGAAUCUACAUACCGCAGCAGCGGCGGGUGUGCCAACACCCGAGGUCAUACAUGUCAUCACAAAUGCCGGCGGCAGUGGCGCGCAGGAGCAUUCGCCUCAGCUGAAUCUGGCCGGUUUCGCUGCCGGCGAAAGUAAUCCCAGUCGCAGCGCCCAUGAUCAAGAUUCCAACCUGCAGAGUACUUUGAUUGUGAUGCUGCUCAUGCUGAUGAUUGUCAUCGCACUGGGCUUCCUCUAUGUCUACAGACGUCAGCACUUGCACAAGGAGGCCGUCGUAUAUAAUGCCAAUGGCACGUUCAGUUCCCCACAGGGGCAUGGCACUGGCCAUGCCAAUCCCGAGGUUGUGAUCAGUGAGUCCGGCGCACUGGGCAAAAUCUUUCAUGGACCGCUGCCAAAGCCUCCUGCCACAUUGGCUUCCAAUCAAUCCCAAACGAACGAGGCAUCCUUGCCUGAAGUAUAUGAUACGCCGAGCAAUAACUCUUCAAUAACUACGCAACCCUAUGCCUAUGCGAGAAAGGAAUCACUUUACUCGGUCAUCUCGCCCAAGUCUCGCAAGGGCAGCCUCGACUCGCAUCUGUAUGACGAGAUACGCUAUCAUCAGCAGCACCACCACCAGCACCAUCAGCACCACCAUCAACAGCAGCAUCCACAACACCAACCACAUGCCUCGCAGCAGCCACGUUAUCAGCAUUCAACCACAGCAACCGCUUUUUUGCCUCCACCCCCGCCACUUCGUCAUGGUCAGUCGCACCACCAACAGCACCACCAGCAUACUAGCACACCGGCUGGCUCUCAUGUUUCGCACUUGAUCAUACCGCCGCAGAACGCCAACUUUCUGCAGGUGCCCAAUCAGAUUACAACUCACAAAAUCGCCCAUUUCUGGAGCGGCGAACAACGAGAGAUGCGCUGGAAUUGUAGCUGGACCGAGCCGCUGUUGCUUAUGCUGCUGGCAGCGACGUUGCCGUCGACGUCGACGCCGACGGCCAGCUUGGCAGCAGUGUCAGCAGCGGGUGUGGAGCUUUACGGCGACAUACACACACCCGGCGAGUUUGAGUCACUUAGUCAAACGCGUCCGAAUCUCUGUCAGCGCGAGCUGCCUGCCAUAUUCUUUCAGACGCACAAGGAGACGCCGGUGCGCGGCAAUGGCUCCAGCAUUUAUUAUCAACGCAUUGAGCAGUGCUGUGAGGGCUAUCGCCCGGAUCCGUACAAUGGACACUGUGUGCCGGAUUGUGGGCACAGUUCGCCGGAUAAUUGCCGCAAUGGCUUCUGUCGCGCAACGGGACGCUGCGAAUGCUUUGCGGAAUUUGUCCGCAACGAGCAGGGUGCUUGCAUACACACCUGCCCGAUUGCCUGCCAACAUGGUCGCUGCUAUCUGAAUGGCACCUGUGCCUGCCAUGCGGGCUACACAUUGGAAGCGGAGACGCGCCUCUUUUGUCGCGCCCACUGCCCCAAGGGCUGUGGCACGCAUGAGCAGUGUGUGGCACCGGACAAAUGCGAAUGCAGCCCGGGCUAUCGACGCAUCCCAGAGCUGGGCUGCCAGCCCAUCUGUGCGCCGGACUGCGGCUACGGCAAAUGCGUGGCACCCAAUGAAUGCGAAUGCAUUCCCGGUUUCAUGAAGCGGCGCCAGCGCAAUGUCUGCGAGGCCGAGUGCUAUCUCAACUGCGAGAAUGGCUUCUGUGAGUCCCGCUUCAAGUGCCACUGCCGUGCGGGCUAUCGCUAUGAUGACAACACCACCAGCUGCCUGCCCGUCUGCCAGGACGAUUGCGGGCAUGGCAAUGGGGUUUGCAUUGCGCCCGGAAUCUGCCGCUGCUUCCAGGGCUACGAGCUGCGGGGCAACAGCUGUGAGCCUAUGUGCGAGGGCUCCUGCGGUUACUAUGGAAAAUGCCUAACGCCCAACGUGUGCGGCUGUGGACCCGAUGAACAGCAUUGCGUAAAUGGCAGCUGCGAUGCCAAUGGGCAUUGCCAGUGCGCCGCCGGAUGGACGCACUUCCUCGGCAAGUGCCUGGAGCCGCAGCAGAUUGAGCAACAACUGAGCAGCCGACAACGACGCAAGGAGCGGGAUGACGAGUUGAAUUACGAGUUUAAUGCGCUGAUUGGACGUUUGUUUAAUUGGUCGUAGGUUUAAGUAACAUUUGAAUAGUGCAAAAAAUAGCGAUAAUUAAACUCGAGUUGAUCAAACAGGCUGACAGCUCUGACGUCCCUUGAUGCCGCUCUUGAUGAAGCCCGGCUUGCAGAUGCAAAAGUUGGGAGCACUGCAGAAGCCAUUGGGGCAGCCCUGGGGACAAUGCGGCUGGCAGAUAUUAGGCUGAUGCUCAUCCAAGACAUAGCCCGGCUUGCACUCGCACUGAUUCUGGCCAAUGCAGACACCAUUCAGGCAGGCUGCAUCACAGUGGGGCACACACGAU